AUGGCCGAGCAGUUGGUUUUGAGAGGCACCCUUGAGGGCCACAGCGGCUGGGUUACCAGCCUGGCUACUUCCAUGGAGAACCCCAACAUGCUCCUGUCCGCUAGCCGUGACAAGACUUUGAUCAUCUGGAACCUCACCCGCGACGAGACUUCCUACGGUUACCCCAAGAGAAGCCUCAAGGGUCACUCUCACAUCGUCUCUGACUGCGUCAUCUCAUCUGACGGUGCCUACGCUCUGUCUGCCUCGUGGGACAAGACUCUCCGCCUCUGGGAGCUUUCCACUGGCCAGACCACCCGCCGCUUUGUCGGCCACACCAACGACGUUCUGUCCGUUUCCUUCUCUGCAGACAACCGUCAGAUCGUCUCUGGCUCCCGUGACCGGACAAUCAAGCUCUGGAACACCCUCGGUGACUGCAAGUUCACCAUCACCGACAAGGGCCACACCGACUGGGUCUCCUGCGUGAGAUUCAGCCCCAACCCCCAGAACCCCGUCAUUGUCUCCUCUGGCUGGGACAAGCUCGUCAAGGUUUGGGAGCUUGCCUCUUGCCGCAUCCAGACUGACCACAUUGGUCACACCGGUUAUAUUAACACCGUCACCAUUUCCCCCGACGGCUCCCUCUGCGCCUCUGGUGGCAAGGACGGCACCACCAUGCUCUGGGACCUUAACGAGUCCAAGCACCUUUACUCUCUCAACGCUGGUGACGAGAUCCACGCCCUCGUCUUCUCUCCCAACCGCUACUGGCUCUGCGCUGCUACUGCCAGCAGCAUCAUCAUCUUCGACCUUGAGAAGAAGAGCAAGGUCGACGAGCUCAAGCCCGAGUACGUCUCCGUCGGCAAGAAGAGCCGGGAGCCCGAGUGUGUCAGCUUGGCCUGGUCCGCUGAUGGCCAGACUCUCUUCGCUGGUUACACUGACAACCUCAUCCGUGCCUGGGGUGUUAUGUCCAGAGCAUAA